CGAGUCCCGCCCCAGCCUGCGUCCGCCAGUAGUCCAGUCGCUGCUCUUUUCCCGGCAGGUUAGCCCUAACGGGAGGAAUCAAAGAAGGAGUACCGACUAGCUGUGCCUCCCAGUGCUCGCAGCCGCGCCAUGCUCGUCCUCCGAAGCGGCCUGACCAGAGCUCUCGCUGCGCGGACGCUUGCGCCUCAGGUGCGCUCCUCUUUUGCUACGGGCCCCAGACAAUAUGAUGGAACAUUCUAUGAAUUUCGUACUUAUUGCCUUAAGCCCUCAAAGAUGAAUGAGUUUCUGGAAAAUAUUAAGAAAAACAUACAUCUUCGGACAGCUCACUCUGAAUUGGUUGGAUUCUGGAGUGUAGAAUUUGGAGGCAGAAUGAAUAAAGUGUUUCAUAUUUGGAAGUAUGAUAAUUUUGCUCAUCGAACUGAAGUUCGGAAGUCUGUGGCCAAAAAUAAGGAUUGGCAACAAUUUCUCACUCCAAAUCUGGCUCUUAUAGAUGAACAAGAGUUUGAGAUUACUUACUUGGUGCCAUGGUGCAAAUUAGAAAAGCCUGCAAAAGAAGGAGUCUAUGAGCUGGUUAUUUUUCAGAUGAAACCAGGUGGGCCAGCUCUGUGGGGUGACGCAUUUAGAAGGGCACUUAAUGCCCAUGUGGAUCUAGGCUACUCAAAACUAGUUGGAGUUUUCCACACAGAAUAUGGAGCACUCAACAGAGUUCACGUACUUUGGUGGAAUGAGAGUGCAGACAGUCGUGCAGCUGGGAGACACCAGUCUCAUGAGGAUCCCAGAGUUGUGGCAGCUGUUCGGGAGAGUGUCAAUUACCUCGUGUCCCAGCAGAAUAUGCUUCUGCUUCCUACGUCAUUUUCACCUUUGAAAUAGUUUUCCACUGAAAGACGAAGCACUGUAUUAACUGCUGUAACAUGUGUCUGCUAAUGGUGCUUAAAUUCUCCUAAGGGAUUCUCACUUUUCUUUGGAAGGUGGUAAGUGAAUUUCCUAGGUCUCUACACUUUUAAAGCUCUUAUACCCCCCUUCAUCUGUUCCUUCCCACCUCAGGAAAUAAUUCUGUUCAUUCUCCCCUUGGCAUUUCUGUAUGUUACAUAUUAUAAGUUCUUGCCGUAACUACCUGAGGAUCUCGAUUUUUCAUUUGUUUUAGAAUAUCCUUUGUACUCUAUUUUGACAACGCUCUACUUUUGUAGCAGUUUCUUAAAUUCAAGUGAUGAUUUUACAGUUCUGUACCUGAUAUUUUAAAAUUAUUUUAUAUAAUAUCUUUUCAUCAUGUCUUUUUUUGAGCUUUAAGAUCUUUUUUGCACAAUAAAGUUUAUUUUGUGAUGAAAUGAAAUUCCUAAGAACCUAAGGUCAAAUAUAUUUCUUUAUCUUGACAAAGUAGUGUCACUGGUCAUCUGUAUUAAUUACGGUUUUCAAUUUCAAUUACGGUUAUGAGUCACUCUAACUUGGAAUAUAAUGUAAUUAGGUCUCGGUGUUUAAAAACUACAGAUGACUUGUUUUAUGUGCUGAAAUGUGUUCACUUAUAGUUAAUUUUUGUUCAUUUUGGAUCACUAACAAAGAUACUUGGGACAACUCUGUUUUAAAACGAUCUUUGUGGUUAUGGGAAUGGUUGCCUGAAUAAAAGCCUACAUAUCCAUUCUG